GAAACCGCGGGGCGGUGAAGGGCGCAGGCCAAUAGGCAGCGCGGAAGAGUGAGCGAUCAACCAACGGCGGCCUUCGCCGCGACGGGACGGCGACCAAUGAGCGCGACUCGGAUGCAGAGCCUGCGGCCCGAGCCCGCCGCCCGCUACCGGAACGUGCUGGAGGCCCUGUGGCGCAUCGUGCGCACCGAGGGCGUGUGGAGGCCCAUGCGGGGCCUGAACAUCACCGCCACCGGCGCGGGCCCGGCCCACGCGCUCUACUUCGCCUGCUACGAAAAGUUAAAAAAGACGCUGAGCGACGUCAUCCACGCGGGGGGCAAUAGCCAUGUGGCCAACGGUGCAGCGGGGUGUGUAGCAACAUUGCUCCACGAUGCAGCGAUGAACCCUGCAGAAGUGGUCAAACAGAGGAUGCAGAUGUACAACUCACCUUACCAGCGUGUGACAGACUGUGUACGGACUGUGUGGCGCAACGAAGGGGUUGGAGCUUUCUACCGCAGCUACACCACCCAGCUCACCAUGAACAUCCCCUUCCAAGCCAUUCACUUCAUGACCUAUGAGUUCUUGCAAGAGCACCUCAACCCCCACAGACAGUACAACCCAGGCUCCCACGUGGUCUCCGGGGCCUGCGCGGGGGCUGUAGCUGCUGCUGCCACUACACCUUUGGACGUUUGCAAAACGCUGCUCAACACCCAGGAGUCCCUGGCCUUGAGCUCCAACAUCAGCGGACACAUCACAGGCAUGGCCAAUGCCUUCAGGACGGUGUACCAAGUGGGCGGUGUGACUGCCUACUUCAGAGGGGUCCAGGCUAGAGUCAUUUAUCAGAUGCCCUCAACGGCGAUUGCCUGGUCUGUGUACGAGUUCUUUAAGUACAUCCUCACCAAGCGCCAGGAAGAGCGUCGGGCUGGGAAGUGAGCCAGAGCCAAACCCGACUUCAGACCUGCUUCAUCUCCCCUCCUGGUUUGUCUUCUGACCCUCUCCCUUUUGAUUUGGUUUGCGUUGUAGAGAGGGGGCAGCAAAGCCCUUCUGGGUUUAGCGGUGCCAUUUCUUGCCUGGGGCAGCUGCAGCUCGGCUCUGGCUGUACAGCUCACUCACUCCUGUGGCCUCCCGAGAUGUCCUGCUGGGAGCUGCAGCACAGAUCACAUCCCCUGGCACUUCACUGGAGCUGUGCUCCCGUUCUUCCCUUAACAAAAUCCUCAUCUAAUGCAAAGUUCACCCCUGCUUGGAGGUGAAAGUGAAUGUCCUGCCCUGUCACUGGCAGGGCCAUAGCUGAGCUCAGUCACUAAGGAGGGAGCAGUGGCACUGCCGAGGAUGCUGAGGGCUUCGUCUGGCUUUUGGCUGAAGCAGAGUGUAAGCUUUGCCGUUGUCUUGUAGCACGCACACAUGACGCUGACUGCCCUGGUGGUGGUGGGUAGGGAAGGAUGGCACUUGAGGAGGGGAGGCUGUAGGUUUGUUCUUGUUCCUGCUCUUGACACCUCCAAUAAAAACAGUUCUGCUCUA